CUGUGAAGAGGAGGGAAGCUAUGAAAAAAGGUGGAUUCUGAGAGAGAGGGAACAAGAGAGAGAGAGAAAGAGAGAAAAGGGGAUCAAAUAUUCUCAACCCCCAGAGGAUGCAGAGGAAAUAACUUUCCUAGGAAGUUUGUAGACAAAAGACACAAGACACACACACACACACAUCCACACCCCACACCCCACAGGGUCUCUUUAAACACAGAGGCUGCUCUUAAUGAUUUGGUGAGUGGUUGUAGGAGUAGGAGAGGCAUAUGGAUAAACAGAUGGACUGACUGAAGAAACAUGUCCAUGUUAAGACGACACUCUAGCAAGCAGGGCUUGCAAGACCUCCAAAGGAUUACAGUGCAGAGAAGUCUGGAAGAUGCAGAGGAGAUAGAGAGAGAGCGUCGACAGGCUGCGAAAGCAGGUGGAUCUACAGAGCUUCCUCAGAACAGCAGCAGCCCUGACCUGUGUGAAAAAAGCUCGUUUCAGAGUUGCAAGAAGCCGAGCUGUUUGUCCUCUUCAGAUGGUGUUGACACCUUUAACACUAACUUGGACCAAGUAAAGAGAAAGACACAACCAGAAACCUGUGACAGAGCAGGAGGAAAUUUGAAUAACUCUGCACACCUAUCCCACCCAAGUGGCCUGAACUCUGCCCACCAACAUCUGAAUGGCUUAAAUGAUCAUCCGUCUCACUCCACCUCACUCCUCCAGACUGUGUCUUCUUCUUCCCAGCAGAAUGAUCAGCAUGGCAUGGAGUUGUAUAAGGCAGGUGAAUGGAGGGAGAAAGAAAAGGAUGAGCAGGACAUGAGAGAAUGUGAAGAACACAGUGUCACUGGAGAGGAGAAGUCAGGGAGACAGGCAGAUGAAGUUGGGUUGAUCAGAAGUGGUGAAAGUCAAGGAAAUUACAUAAUUCAAACUGAGAAAGAACAGAAAAAAGAAAAGGUUUCCAACAUUACAACAGCCAGGCUUGAAAAGGACUUGGAUUGUGAUACGGCUAAAAGGAUGAGAAACACAUUGAGGAAAACUUCAUGUUUGAGGGAGGAGGAUUGUGCUGCAGAAGAACAGCUUGGUGAAGGCCCACCAGAAAAUGAAAGAGAAGAGCAGACACUGACUUGUGAAGAGGUAGAGGAGGUCUGGGUGAAGGAGGAGAAUGUGGAGGAAAGAGUGGUGGAGCAAACGGAGGAAGAAAGAGUGCUGGAAGAAAUAGAGGAAGAGAGAGUGCUAGAAGAAACUGAGGAAGAAAUGGUAAAAGAGCAAACAGAGGAAGAAAAAGUGCUGGAAGAAACAGAGGAAGAGAUGGUGAGGGAGCACACAGAAGAAGAAAGAGUGCUGGAAGAAACAGAAGAAGAGAUCGUGAAGGAGCAAAUAAAGAAUGAAAGAGUGGUGGAGGAAACUGAGGAAGAGAGAGUGAAGAGGAUGAGAGAAGAGGAGAGAGAGAAGAAGAGACUGGGUGUGAUGGAGAGGAUGAAAAGGCUGAGCUUAUCCAGCGCUGAAGCAGACGAACCGUUCAGCCCUCUCAGCCCUACACUCAUGGAUGAGGAUACAGAGGAAAAGAUGGAGGAGAGUAUGUGUUCGAUCUCUGACAGGACUGAAUCUCUGAAUCAAUCUGUUAAGAGAAGUAACAGUUUCCAGAAGACUUCACCUUCUGUGACCAUCUCUAAGAUUGACAGCCGGCUGGAACAGUACAACCAUGCAGUUGAGGAAAGUGCUCAAGAAACAAAAGAUACAAAGGCAGUUCCCACAGACUUCCCAACCACCCCAGAGCCUGUUUCUGCCCGAAAGAACUUGUUUGAGGCAGGGGACGUCUGGAACCAGAAUUCAGCCAAGGCUGCGUCCCCUACAGAUACCGAGGGGCUGAAUGUAGGUGUGGCUGAUCUGAUCACUCACUGGGUGAAGGGAAACCCUGAUGCAGAUUCCAAAAUGUCUUCCUGUAAACCCACAUCUGAUGAAGUUAAAGCUGGUGAUGUUCGGAACAAAAAAUCUCUGUGGGAGUCGAAGGAGACAUCUACAGCUGAGAAACCGGGCGGGAAGGUUGGCAAGAAUACAAGAUACAAGUUUGUUGAGGUCAGCCAUGGAAAAUAUGAAAAGGUCCUGGUUGAGGAAGGUGACAGUAGCAAACUCAAAAAUGGUAAAUCAAGCAAGUAAUAUCGUUUUUUGGAGCGGUGAUACUGGAUACUGAUACUUUCCUCUACAUUUCUACAAUUUUGUUUUAUUCAUUUUUAUAAACACUUCACAGUAUUCAAUUAAGAAAUUAAAAUUCUGAAUUAAAAUUAAAGACAAUUUUUUUUUAAUGUCUGUUUUGUAACAUUCUCUGAUCUCAGUCAUAUGAGAACAGUGGUCACUAAUAAAGUCUGGUCUAUCAUG